CAAAUAACCCCAAAUUCCUCUCUCUCUCCUGAUCUUGAUCAUCAACUUGUUAAUCUAAACAUCCCCAGAAAAUAAUGUCAAGCAGUGAUGAUGAUUCAAUAAACGAAAUAGACUCCCCACCAGCAAACCCUCCCACCGGCGCCGGCGCCGGCGGCAGCUUCAUCACGUUCCCAAACCUAAACUGUCUUGCCAUCAUAAUCAUCCUCACCUCCACUGGCAUGGUGAACCUUAAAGACCUAUCCUUCGCCGUCUUCUCGCUAAUCUAUCUCUAUUUCCUUUCAAAAGUCGCCUUCCCAACACUCUCCUCAGAUCCAAAUCACUCUCCACCUCCCGUCUUCGGCGAGACCAACAAAAUCCUCGGACUCUAUGUCCUCGCCGGCGCAAUCAUCGGACUUUUCAUUCCCAUGGCGUACAUCUUCGAAGGAAUUAUCAAAGGAGAUAAAGAUGGAAUCAAGGCUGCAUGUCCACAUCUUUUUCUGUUAUCUUGUCAGGUUUUGAUGGAAGGGUUGACGUUUUAUGGUGGGUUUUCACUCCCGAUUAGGGUUUUUGUCCCGGUUUUCUAUAAUUCGAGGAGGGUAAUGGUGAUUGUGGAUUGGAUUAGAGAGGAGAUGUGGAAGAUGGAUCAUGGGGAUGGAGGUGGUAGUAGAGUUUAUGUGGGUGUUGGAAUUGGGAUUCUUAAUAUGGGAUUUUGGUCCUUUAAUUUGUUUGGAUUCUUGUUGCCUGUUUAUCUUCCAAUGGCAUUCAAGAAGUAUUAUUUGGUUAACAAAGAUUUGUAGUCAUUAAGAAGUUUUCAUCAAUUGAA